UUGACCCAUAAAAAACAAAGAGCAUCGAACUAGGAGGCAAAAGAGGGGGAGACUCUGUCGGAUAACUAUCAACAAGCAAACACAACAAUCACUCCGGUCGCCGUGCGAAUUUACUCUCACCAUAUUUGAAGAAUGAAGAGGAAUCUAGACAAGAGCAACGAUGAAAAGCAGCCUGAGCGAAAGCGCCCUGCUCUUGCUAGUGUGAUUGUUGAGGCUAUGAAAGUUGACAGCUUGCAGAAGCUCUGCUCCUCUCUUGAGCCUAUCCUCCGCAGAGUUGUGAGUGAGGAAGUGGACCGUGCUUUAGCAAAGUUCAUCCCUUCUAGGCUUGCCGAAAGCUCUGAGUCUUCUCCCAAACGAAUUAGCGGUCCUGAUGGCCGGAACUUGCAGCUGCGUUUCAGGACUAGACUAUCUCUCCCCUUAUUCACCGGAGGAAGAGUGGAAGGAGAGCAAGGCGCUUCCAUCCACGUUGUAUUGAUAGACGCAAACACGGGGCGUCAUGUGACGUUUGGACCAGAAGCUUCACUCAAGCUCGAGGUCGUUGUCCUCGAAGGUGACUUCAACAAAGAAGAUUGGAGUCGAGAAGAGUUUGAGAGUCAUGUUGUGAAAGAGCGCGAUGGGAAGAGACCGUUGCUUACUGGAGAUCUCUGUGUUGUUCUCAAGGAAGGGGUGGGUGCCUUGGGGGAGAUUGUGUUCACUGAUAACUCGAGUUGGAUUCGGAGUAGGAAGUUUAGACUUGCUUUGAGGGUUGCCUCUGGGGGAUGUGAUGAUGGUGUACAGGUGCGUGAGGCGAAGACUGAAGCUUUCACUGUUAAAGAUCACAGGGGAGAAUUGUACAAGAAGCAUUAUCCACCUGGUUUGAAUGAUGAGGUGUGGAGAUUGGAGAAGAUUGGUAAAGAUGGGGCGUUUCAUAAGAAACUAACCGCUGAAGGAAUAGUUAAUGUGGAAGACUUUCUGAGAAAAUUGGUUAAGAAUUCUGCUAAACUACGAGCUACUCUUGGAAGUGGCAUGUCAAACAAGAUGUGGGAUGUGCUAGUGGAGCACGCAAAGACAUGUGUCCUAAGCGGUAAGCUUUACAUCUACUAUCCUGAAGAUUCAAGGACUGUGGGUGUUGUGUUCAAUAACAUCUAUGAGUUGAGUGGCCUUAUCUCCGGGGAUCAAUACCUCUCUGCUGACUCACUCGAUGACAGCCAAAAGGUAUAUGUGGAUGGAUUGGUGAAGAAAGCACAUGAUAACUGGAACCUAGUCAUAGAGUAUGAAGGCAAAACUCCUUUAAACUUCAACCAGCCUGAGAGAGUGGAGAUAGAACCUGUAACGGUGCCGGCAAAUUACUCUGUCUUGCCUCCAUCUCCUAUACCUCCUAGUCAGUUUCCAGGAUUCUCAUUCGAAGGGUAUAAUGUUUUGCAGCAAGAUCAGUUUAUGGGAAUACAUCAACAUCAAACGCAAACUCAAACAAACUUAGAAAAUCAAAAUGUAACUGGGUUGGCUCUUGGUACUACUACUCUACAAUCCACAGGCGGGUACCAAGACAUGGGUUCUUCUUCAGUUCAUCAGGCAAAUCUUGAUCCCUUGGAAGAAUGGUCACGCCAACAUGAGAACGACCUCUUAUCAAGGAGUCAUGAGAUGCUGGAGAGUGAGGACAUGCAGCAGCUGCUCCAGCUCUGUAGCAUGGGAGGAGGGGAUGGAGAAGCUGGAUAUGGUUUCCCGUCGUUUAUGCAAAAUACACCGAUGGUGCAUGAGGACCGAGUGAGAUCAGGAAAAGCGGUUGUUGGGUGGCUAAAGAUAAAAGCUGCAAUGAAAUGGGGAAUCUUCAUAAGGAAGAAAGCUGCUGAGAAAAGAAGAGCUCAGAUCGUUGAGCUUGAUUAAUUGAUGAUUGAUUAUACAGUAUAACUAAACAUACCAAGAUCACAUACUUAACGUUUUGGGUUUCGUUUGCUUGACAUAUUACAGGUUUUGUGACAUCAACGUUAAAAUCUUUCAUCUAUUAGUCCAUCGAGUUUGCUUAUGUU